AUGCAGCCCAAAUCUCAAUACUUAACAGAUGCGGUUUCCGAACAGUCAAAUUCAGUGGAUUUCACUUCUGACUCUGUUGUAUCUGAAGGGUUAAACAUCAAAGCAUCGGAUGAUUUAUACUCCCUCUCCUCCGAUGGGAAACCUUCCACGUUGGUCAUUUUUCUCACUUUUCUUUCCUCCAUUUCCGGGUUUAUGUUUGGCUAUGAUACCGGUUAUAUUUCGUCUGCAUUGGUCUCUAUUGGUGAUGACUUUGGAGAAAAUUUGUCCUAUGGUCAUGAACAGUUCAUCACUGCCGCAACCUCGUUAGGUGCAUUAAUUUUUGCUUCUUCAUCCGGUAUUUUUGUUGAUUAUUUAGGGAGAAAGCCUUUAUUGAUGUUCUCCAACAUUAUGUUCAUUGUUGGAGCAAUUAUUCAAACUGCUGCUCAGAACGUCUGGACUAUGAUUGUCGGCCGUUUUAUCAUGGGUUUUGGUGUUGGUAUUGGCUCCUUGAUUGCACCUCUUUAUAUCGCAGAAUUAGCCCCUUCUAAAUAUAGAGGAAGAUUAGUCACAUUGAAUUGUAUGGGUAUUACGGGUGGUCAAUUAAUUGCUUAUGCAAUUGGUGCAGGUUUAACCCAUGUCGAUAAUGGUUGGAGAAUCUUGGUUGGCUUAUCAAUGAUCCCACCUGCCAUUCAAUUCAUUGGGUUUAUCUUCUUACCAGAUACUCCAAGAUUCUUAAUCAUGACCAACAGACUAGAUAAAGCCGAAGUUGCUUUACAGAGAACUUAUCCAAAUGUUUCUAUCGAAGCUAUCAAAAUGAAAAUUAUGGACCUUAGAGAAGAAGAAGUUGAUUCUGGCUUGCUCGAAAGAAAUCCAUUCUCUAAAUGGUGGAAAACUGUUGUCGAACUACAUGCUGUCCCUUCCAAUUUUAGAGCUCUUUUCUUAUCUUGUGCAUUGCAGGCUAUUCAACAAUUCACUGGUUUUAACUCUUUGAUGUAUUUCUCUGCAACAAUCUUCAAAGCUAUAGGUUUUGAUAACUCCACAGCUGUUUCUUUAAUUGUUGCUGGUACUAACUUUGUGUUUACGUUGAUUGCAUUUUUCAUUAUUGAUAAGGUUGGCCGUAGAAGAAUCCUACUUCUCUCCCUACCUUGUGUGGUUAUCUUUUUGAUUUUGAAUGCAAUAUCAUUUCAUUUCAUUGAUAUCGAGUUUAACAACAAUGAUGCAAUUGUUAAGGGUAACCAUCACACUUGGGGAAUUGCAAUUAUUGUCUUUAUGAUUUGCUUCGUUGCCUCGUAUUCAAUUGGUAUUGGUAACGUUCCAUGGCAACAAUCGGAAAUGUUCCCUCAAAAAGUUAGAGGUGUAGGAAUUUCCUUUGCUACUUCAACUAAUUGGGCUGGUUCCUUAAUUAUUUCCUCAACUUUCUUGACAAUGUUGAAAAAUAUUACCCCAACUGGUACUUUCUCGUUAUUUGCUGCUUUUGGUUUUGUUUCCUUCUUGAUUGUGUUAUUCUUCUAUCCAGAAUUGUCAAACUUAGAAUUAGAAGAAGUUCAAGAAAUUCUAACUGGUGGAUUCAACAUCAAGAAAUCUAUUCAACUAGCAAACGCAAGGAAGCAUAACAUCAUAGUCGAUUCAAACAAUAGUAUCAAUAGCAGAGACACCAUCGAUACAAUUGAAAGUGCCUAA